UUAUUUGUUACUACUCCAGUGUUUCGUCCAGGGCUUUUUGCUGGUUUGUCUUGUUGUGGCCCAGUUUCGUUAGGAUUUCGUCGGUUUAACAGAGUUUCGUCAUUUCGCUACGAAGAUUUGUCUUUUGUCUUUUUAGGCUCAGUUUUGCUGGGGAUUCGUUGUUUCACCAGAGUUUCAUCAUUUCACCACGAAGAUUCAUCUUUUGUUCUUUUUGAGGUUUCACCGGGAUUUUAUUGUUUCGCCAAAUUUUGGACCUUGCCAGAAUUUCGUCUUUGUUUUUUGGGCUCAGGAUUCGUCUUUCAAGUAUAUGGCUUCAUCUAA